CAUUUCCUCCCGUUUCCCAGUAGCUGCCAGUUUACCCCAAAAUUCACAACCUCUCAACAGCUACUCUUUUCAUUCCUGCAGGAUUCCGAUGUCUUCUUGUUCAGUUUCAUCCUCAACCAGCCCAAAAUUCACAACCUUCUCCCCCAGAAGAAAUAUGGGUAGUUGCUGCUUAAGGAGCCAUCAGCUACCGAUUCAGUCUCACCGUAGCUUCGUUGGGUCCUCUUCCGAUUACCCUCUUCUCCCUUCUUCUCCUCAUCUUGAUCUCCAAGAUUCCCGGCGCCUCCGCUCGGCGGCUCUCAUCCGUCGUACAACAACCACCACCACUAGAAUUUGUUGCCAGUAUGAUGACACCGGCAGGAAACCAGCUCGACAAUCCUCUUCUCCAACUGGAAUUCAACUCUAUGGUGAAAUUAAGAGGAUACUUACUGAGACUGUGAGGCAGUCGCAAGGUGGUUGGGGCUCUUUGACCGACUGGACUGAGAUUGAGGGGGCAUGGGUUCUCCAGACAAGAAAUGGAAGAGCUAACUCUGUGGUCCAUUUCAUUGGUGGCAUAUUUGUUGGAGCAGCACCACAAUUAGCCUACAGAUUGUUUCUCGAGCACCUUGCAGAAAAGGGUGUAAUGGUGAUCGCAACACCUUAUGCCAGUGGGUUUGACUAUUUCCACACUGCAGAUGAAGCUCAAUUUAAAUUCGAUAGAGCUUUCCACUUCUUAUUAGAAUAUAAACUGAAUAGUAUGACCAGAGUCUUCGUACAGGUGCAAGAUCUUCCUACCUUUGGUAUGGGUCACUCUUUGGGGUCUGUCAUUCACCUUCUGAUUGGAUCACGUUAUGCUGUGCAAAGAAGUGGGAAUGUACCGAUGGCGUUCAACAACAAGGUAGGACUUGAUACUUCUUCGUUUUUUGUUCCUCAGGAAGCAAGCCUAGCUAUCCCUCUUUUCUCACCUGUUCUUGUACCAAUGGCUCAAAACAUGGGCCCAAUUCUAUCACAGAUAUCCUCAUCACUGACAGUCCGCAUGGGGGCUGAAAUAACAUUGAAGCAGAUAGAGAACCUCAUCUCUCCUCCAUUCAUGAAACAAGCAUUCCCUUUAAUUGAGCAACUUCAUCCUUUAUACAUGGACCUGGUUAAUGGAAGAGAAGAGUUCAGUCCAAAACCUGAAGAAACCUGCCGCCUUAUAACAUCAUAUUAUGGAGUCUCUAGAAAUCUUCUGAUAAAGUUCACCGACGAUUCCAUCGAUGAGACCUUGUCGUUAGCCAAAGUUCUGAGUUCAGAAUCAGCCAUUAGCUCACUGCUGGACAUGUCAAUUCGCUCACUACCGGGAGAUCAUGGUCUCCCUCUGCAGCAGGGAUUACCUGAUGUGCCGCCUGCAAUGGCAGAUGCAGUUAACAGAGGAAGCGAGCUGUUCACAAAUCUGGCAGUUGGAACGCCAUGGGAGACCGUGGCCAAAGAAGUAGGCAAUACAUUAGGGACGAACAACCAGAUCCCGCGUGCACAAUCCUCCAGGGACUUGGCCAAGCUUGUGGAUGUGAUCACCUCCUGGAUGGCUUCAAAUGCAGGUCCAAAGGUUUUAAGGCCAUGACAAGAGUAAGGUACCCCUGUGCAGGUCUUUCUUAAAAGAAAAAGGUUAAAUACACUUGUAUAUCCAAAACUUUCACGGUUGUGCUAAUAAUAUCCAAAUUUCCCGUAAUACCACUUAUAUCCAAUUCUUUCACAUUCUUUAACGGUGUUUUUGGAUAUACAAGUGUAUUUAACCAAAAAUAUAUUGGGAAAUGGAUAGAUUUGGCAAAGAACAACUUUAAAACAUGGAUAUAAGUGGUAUUCCGGGAAAUUUGGAUAUUAUUGGCACAACCGUGAAAGUUUUGGAUAUACAAGUGUAUUAAACCAAAGAAAAACAUAGAGGGAGGAAGUAGUUGCUAAAG